CUUCUCUCUCUCCUUCCAGAAAGUGAAUAUUUUGGACUAUUUUUUGUCAAGCUGUCCAGCUGACAAAACAGAUGGGAAUUGGUGCUAUUGAACCUUUCGUCUGGGAAAAUGCACUGAAUGGGAGAUUCUGCCUAAUAUGGCCGAUUGUGACCUUUACCUCUACUGGAAUGGACCCCAGUGCAUGACUUUGUUACCAUGGUGAUGAUCUUAACUACAACUCUGGAAAACAAAGGUGCUGAUUCUCUAUCAUGCAGGGCUGAACUGCACACUCCAAAGAAGAUGAGUCAAGGAUCCACUCUCUUCUCAUGUGGAAUGAUGGAAAAUGACAGAUGGAGAGAUCUCAGCAGGAAAUAUCCCCUUCAGGUCGAACAGCCAAGUGCCAACAUUUGGGACUGCUUGCCUGACAAAAGUGACGAAAGCUCCUUAUGGCAGAGAGAGCCAGCUAACACAUGCUCAGUGACCAACUUGAUCAAGGAUCUCAGCCUUAGUGACCGCAAUUGCAAUCCUUCAGCACCUCCCAGCAAACGCCAGUGCCGAUCACUCUCUUUUUCUGAUGAGAUGUCUAGUUGCCGGGCUUCAUGGAGGCCUAUAGGAUCAAAGGUCUGGACUCCUGUAGAAAAGAGACGGUGCUAUAGUGGGGGAAGUGUGCAGCGCUACUCCAAUGGAUUCACAACCAUGCAGAGAAGUUCAAGCUUUAGCCUUCCUUCCAGGUCAAGCACUCUUUCCUCAUCAUAUGACCAGAUGGGAUUUAACAACAGAUUUGGGUGUCAGCCAUGUCAAGGAAUGCGAAAGUCAGCCACAUACGGACAGACAAGUGAUAUUUGGGGUAAUGAUCACAGCUCUUCCGAGAGUGGCAGGAUUGAUAUCCAACGAUCACUCUCUUGUUCCCAUGAUCAAAUUUCCUUUUCGGAAUAUUGUCUGCCCUCAGCAAACAGCACACCUGCCUCAACACCAGAGCUGACAAGGCGCUCCAAUGGACUUUCUCGAAGUCGGUCUCAACCAUGUGUCCUUAAUGACAAGAAAGUUGGAAUUAAACGAAGACGACCUGAAGAGGUAAAGGAACAAAGACCUUCACUGGACCUUGUCAAGAUGACACAGAAUUGUCAAACAUUUAACAGUCUUAGCACCACAGUCGAUGACUGCCCUCAGCAGAAUCAGUUCUCCCUUGGCACCAGCAGCAAUAACUCAUGGACCACGAACUUGGACGUCAUGCCUGGCAGGACACCAGCCUGCACCCCUGUGCCAGAACCCCAUUCAAAUGCAGAAGAAUGUCAGCCUAACAAAGAAGAAGAUUUCUCUUAUGAGGAGUCAGAGUUCUGUGCUACAGAAGAUGAGAAUAGUAGGAAAGAAGUUGAAAACUCCUCAUGGAGGAACAGUGGGACAGGUGGGGAUAACAUCUUUCAGUUGGGUGGUGAAUUAGAUAUUGAGCAAAUAGAAAACAACUGAGAGCACUAAUGGGGAGGAUCUGCCUGCAUCAAGGCUUUUUAACAGUGGCAAAAUCUCACAUGUUAAUGCAGACCAGAGAAGAAAAUCCACAUUCUCCCUCUCCUUGGCAGGUGGGGCAGGACAAAAAGCUUUGCCAAAAUUGAUUUAGGUUUCUUUGGGACUCACUAGAACUACUGUAGCUCUUCAUAGAGAAAACUUCCAACUUCCAUCAACAUAUUUAAAAGAAAAAUAAAGCUUUGUGGAUGUAUUAAAACUUGAAAGACCAGAAAUUUCUGGUCAUUUUUUUGACAAAAUAGGUAACUUGCCGCCUAGAGAGUCAGCAGGUCCAUCCCCUGAUGGAAAUGGCGUUUGAUAAUAUGUGGAAUAUAAAUAAGCUUUUUUUUUUUUUUUUUGCUGUUGGCUGAUAUAAAUUGCACCUCAGCUGUCCUUAUCAAAGGAGCAAAAGGUGGAGAUUAGCAUUAUUAUUUGAAUUCAUUUUCUGUUGUUGUUUUUAGAUCACCUAUCCAUAGAUCUUAUUAAGUCUCACAAAUCAAACUUCUCAUAAUAUAUGUAAAGUCAUAAUUCCCAGAAUCACAGUAGUUUGUUAUGGUCUGCAAACACACACACACACACACCAAUAACAACAUGAAAAGAAAGCACAAUAGAUUUUUACCUAGACUAGCAAAAGAGAUCUGUGGGUGUCAAAAUGCAUCCUUAACUGAAUCGAACAUAAAUGUAUCAUUUGCAAUGCUUUCUUACCCAUCUUCACCCAGACCAGAUUUAACGGGUUAGAUGUAUACUUUGAUGCGUGACCCCUAGUUCAUGGUACUAAUUCACAGGGAUGUAGAGGACAGAGGCUAUUGACCAGAGAAAUAAAAGAUUGAGAACAUUUUUGCACUCUGAAAUUUCAGUGAAAUAAUAAAAUGAUUUCAUGAUGUAAGACUAGAUAUAGAAAGGUAGCAAAAAAUAAUGAAGAAAAAUGAUUCUUGAGAUUUAGUAGUUGGCAUCUGAAAAGGGAUCAUGAAUAUCUUGGCUCUUAUCUGUCAUGAAGGUCUCUUAACUGCAUUUGAUACCAUUUGGCAUCUAGCCUAUCACAUUCAUCAGUAGAAAAAACUAAAGGUAAAAUCUUGUUUUUCAUUCAUUACUCAGUACUUAGGUAUUUUCAUUUUCUAAGUCUGAAAAGAUAAAACAAUAUAAAGUAUACAGUAAUCCAUUACUUCUAGCUUCAGUGAAUGAUAGUAGCACAAUAGUGUGUACACAUGGCACUGUUAAGUGGCCUGGACCUGAUUACAUAUGACACUUUUUGCCACUGCUACUAUGGAAGAUGGGGAUGAAUAUAAUCCAAAGAGAAAGAGAAAAUACGUCCAACAGAAACCCACUUCCCAGUUUCCCUAGUUCACAGUAGAAGAAAUUAAACCCUAGUGACAAAUACAGGCAACCAAAUCUUUAAGAAUGUAUUACUAUUGUCAAGAAAAGAUCUGAGUGCAUUCUUCAGCAUUUCCAUUAACUAUGUCACAUCAAGCACUGCUGUAUGUUAGCAUUGGGAAACCUACCUGUAGUUUCUAAAAGAUACCUCUGUUGGAUUCUUUAUAUUCCCCUUCCUUUUUAAUGCCCCUGAGGAUCUAGGCCAGUGUUUCUCAACCUCAGCAACUUUGAUGUAUGACUUCAAC